UGGGUCUUCCAGGAGCGCGCUUGAGCGGACGCUGGCUACGGGUGGCCGGGCGGGAUGUAACCGGCUGCUGAGCUGGCAGUUCUGUCUCCCUAGGCUUCGGCCCCGCCGCCGCCGCACAUAAGCUGCGAGGAGGAGCUUUACGACUUCCCGGUCUUCGGGGCGGGCGCAGCAAGGGCCAGACUCUGCGCUAGCAGGCGCUGCGCGCCAACCGGCCGGCACCUGUCGCAGAAGGUGCAACCGAUCGCACUGUCGCGCAGAAGCUCCUCAAUGGCCAGCGCCAGCUGCAGCCCCGGCCACUGUUGUCUUUCUGUUGUCUUUCUAAUUGCAUCACGUUUAAGGCACGUUGCCUUAAAGUCUUGCUGUAUCUUUUUUCUUCUUUUGUUUGUAUUUUCCCUCACUUCCCGCUCCUGUGAUAUUGGUCCUGUCACUGAUGAUCCUUCCUCUUUGCCUCAGCCAAGUGUCAAUCAGAGUUCACGACCAUUAAGUGAAGAACAGCUAGAUGAGAUCCUCAGUCCUGAACUAGACAAAAUGGUCACAGAUGGAGCAAUUCUUGGAAAAUUAUAUAAAAUUCCAGAGCUUGGCGGAAAAGAUGUUGAAGACUUAUUUACAGGUGUACUUAGUCCUGCGAACACUCAGCCAACUCCAUUGCCACAGCCUCCCCCACCAACACAGCUGUUGCCAAUACACAAUCAGGAUGUUUUUUCACGGUUGCCUCUCAUGAAUGGCCUUAUUGGACCCAGUCCUCAUCUCCCACAUAAUUCUUUGCCACCUGGAAGCGGACUGGGAGCUUUCUCUGCAAUUGCACAAUCCCCUUAUCCUGAUGCCAGGGAUAAAAAUUCAGCCUUUAAUCCAAUGGCAAGUGAUCCUAACAACUCUUAGACAUCAUCAGCUCCCACUGUGGAAGGAGAAAAUGACACAAUGUCGAAUGCCCAGAGAAGCACGCUUAAGUGGGAGAAAGAGGAGGCUCCGGGUAAAAUGGCAACAGUUGCUCCAGUUCUCUACACCAAUAUUAAUUUCCCCAACUUAAAGGAAGAAUUCCCUGAUUAGACUACUAGAUUGAAGCAAAUUGCCAAAUUGUGGAGAAAAGCAAGCUCACAAGAAAGAGCACCAUAUGUGCAAAAAGCCAGAGAUAACAGAGCUGCUUUAUGCAUUAAUAAAGUACAGAUGUCAAAUGAGUCCAUGAAAAGGCAGCAACAGCAAGAUAGCAUUGAUCCCAGCUCUCGUGUUGAUUCGGAGCUUUUUAAAGAUCCUUUAAAGCAAAGAGAAUCAGAACAUGAACAGGAGUGGAAAUUUAGACAGCAAAUGCAUCAGAAAAGUAAGCAGCAAGCUAAAAUUGAAGCCACACAGAAACUUGAACAGGUGAAACAUGAGCAGCAGCAGCAGCAACAACAGCAGUUUGGUUCUCAGCAUCUUCUGGUGCAGUCUGGUUCAGAUACACCAAGUAGUGGGAUACAUCCUUUGACACCUCAGCCUGGCAGUGGAAAUAUGUCUCCUGCACAGUCAUUCCAUAAAGAACUGUUUACAAAACAGCCACCCAGUACCCCUACGUCUACAUCUUCAGAUGAUGUGUUUGUAAAACCACAAGCUCCACCUCCUCCUCCAGCCCCAUCCCUGAUUCCCAUCCAGGAUAGUCUUUCUCAGGCUCAGACUUCUCAGCCACCUUCACCACAAGUGUUUUCACCUGGGUCCUCUAACUCACAACCACCAUCUCCAGUGGAUCCAUAUGCAAAAAUGGUUGUUGGUACCCCUCGACGACCACCUGUGGGCCAUAGUUUUUCCAGAAGAAAUUCUGCUGCACCAGUGGAAAACUGUACACCUUUAUCAUUGGUAUCUAGGCCCCUUCAAAUGAAUGAUACAACAGGAAAUAGGCCAUCCCCAGUCAGAGAUUUAUGUUCUUCCUCCACGACAAAUAAUCACCCCUAUGCAAAACCUCCAGACACACCUAGGCCUGUGAUGACAGAUCAAUUUCCCAAAUCCUUGGGCCUAUCCCAGUCUCCUGUAGUUUCAGAACAGACUGCAAAAGGCUCUGUAGCAGCUGGAACCAAUGAUCACUUUACUAAACCAUCUCCUAGGGCAGAUGUGCUUCAAAGACAAAGGAUACCUGACUCUGCACGACCCUUGUUGACACCUGCACCUCUUGAUAGUGGUCCUGGACCUUUUAAGACUCCAAUGCAACCUCCUCCAUCCUCUCAGGAUCCUUAUGGAUCAGUGUCACAGGCAUCAAGGCUUGUUGACCCUUAUGAAAGGCCUGCUUUGACACCAAGACCUAUAGAUAAUUUUUCUCAUAAUUAGUCAAAUGAUCCAUAUAGUCAGCCUCCCUUAACCCCACAUCCAGCAAUGAAUGAAUCUUUUGCCCAUCCUUCAAGGGCUUUUUGCCAGCCUGGAACCAUAUCAAGGCCAACAUCUCAGGACCCAUACUCCCAAUCCCCAGGAACUCCACGACCUGUUCUAGAUUCUUAUUCCCAAUCUUCAGGAACACCUAGGUCCAAUACAGACCCUUACUCUCAACCUCCUGGAACUCCCCGGCCUACUAUUGUUGACCCAUAUAGUCAGCAGCCCCCAACCCCAAGACCAUCUACACAAACUUACUUGUUUCUUACACCUGUAACUAAUCAGAGGCGUUCUGAUCCAUAUGCUCAUCCUCCUGGAACACCAAGACCUGGAAUUUCUGUCCCUUACUCUCAGCCACCAGCAACACCAAGGCCAAGGAUUUCAGAGGGUUUUACUAGGUCCUCAAUGACAAGACCAGUCCUCAUGCCAAAUCAGGAUCCUUUCCUGCAAGCAGCACAAAACCGAGGACCAGCUUUACCUGGCCUGUUGGUAAGGCCACCUGAUACAUGUUCCCAGACACCUAGGCCCCCUGGACCUGGUCUUUCAGACACAUUUAGCCAUGUUUCCCCAUCUGCUGCCCGUGAUCCCUAUGAUCAGCCUCCAAUGACUCCAAGAUCUCAGUCUGACUCUGGAACAAGUCAAACUGCCCAUGAUGUUGCUGAUCAGCCAAGGCCUGAAUCAGAGGGGAGCUUUUGUGCAUCUUCAAACUCUCCAAUGUACUCCCAAGGCCAGCAGUUCUCUGAUGUCUCCCAACUUCCUGGACCUGUGCCAACUUCAGGAGUAACUGAUACACAGAAUAGUAAUAUGGCCCAAGCAGAUACAGAGAAAUUGAGACAGUGGCAGAAGUUAUGUGAAAUCAUUCUCCAGCAGCAACAGCAGAAGAAGAUUGCAGGUCGACAGGAGAAGGGGUCACAGGACUCACCCGCAGUGCCUCAUCCAGGGCCUCUUCAACACUGGCAACCAGAGAAUGUUAACCAGGCUUUCACCAGACCCCCACCUCCCUAUCCUGGGAACAUUAGGUCUCCUGUUGCCCCUCCUUUAGGACCUAGAUGUGCUGUUUUCCCAAAAGAUCAGCGUGGACCCUAUCCUCCUGAUGUUGCUAGUAUGGGGAUGAGACCUCAUGGAUUUAGAUUUGGAUUUCCAGGAGGUAGUCAUGGUACCAUGCCGAGUCAAGAGCGCUUCCUUGUGCCUCCUCAACAAAUACAGGGAUCUGGAGUUUCUCCACAGCUAAGAAGAUCAAUAUCUGUAGAUAUGCCUAGACCUUUAAAUAACUCACAGAUGAAUAAUCCAGUUGGACUUCCUCAGCAUUUUUCACCACAGAGCUUGCCAGUUCAGCAGCACAACAUACUGGGCGAAGCAUAUAUUGAACUGAGACAUAGUGCUCCUGACGGAAGGUAACGGCUGCCUUUCAGUGCUCCACCUGGCAGCGUUGUAGAGGCAUCUUCUAAUCUGAGACAUGGAAACUUCAUUCCCUGGCCAGACUUUCCGGGCCCUAGACACACAGAGCCCAUGAGACGACCUCCCCAGGGUCUACCUAAUCAGCUACCUGUGCACCCAGAUUUGGAACAAGUGCCACCAUCUCAACAAGAGCAAGGUCAUUCUGUCCAUUUAUCUUCUAUGGUCAUGAGGGCUCUGAACCAUCCACUAGGUGGUGAAUUUUCAGAAGCUCCUUUGUCAACAUCUGUACCAUCUGAAACAACGUCUGAUAAUUUACAGAUAGCCACCCAACCUUCUGAUGGUCUAGAAGAAAAACUCGAUUCUGAUGACCCUUCUGUGAAAGAACUGGAUGUUAAAGACCCUGAGGGGGUUGAAGUCAAAGACUUAGAUGAUGAAGAUCUUGAAAACUUAAAUUUAGAUACAGAGGAUGGCAAGGUAGUUGAAUUGGAUACUUUAGAUAAUUUGGAAACUAAUGAUCCCAACCUGGAUGACCUCUUAAGGUCAGGAGAGUUUGAUAUCAUUGCAGAUACAGAUCCAUAACUUGACAUGGGAGAUAAGAAAAGCAUGUUUAAUGAGGAACUAGACCUUCCAAUUGAUGAUAAGUUAGAUAAUCAGUGUGUAUCUGUUGAACAAAAAAAGGAACAAGAAGACAAAACUCUGGUUCUCUCUGAUAAACAUUCACCACAGAAAAAAUCCACUGUUACCAAUGAGGUAAAAACGGAAGUACUGUCUCCAAAUUCUAAGGUGGAAUCCAAAUGUGAAAUUGAAAAAAGUGAUGAGAAUAAAGAUAAUGUUGACACUCCUUGCUCACAGGCUUCUGCUCACUCCGACCUAAAUGAUGGAGAAAAGACUUCUUUGCAUCCUUGUGAUCCAGAUCUAUUUGAGAAAAGAACCAAUCAAGAAACUGCUGGCCCUGGUGCAAAUGUCAUUCAAGCAUCCACUCAACUACCUGCUCAAGAUGUAAUAAACUCUUGUGGCAUAACUGGAUCAACUCCAGUUCUCUCAAGUUUACUUGCUAAUGAGAAAUCUGAUAAUUCAGACAUUAGGCCAUUGGGCUCUCCACCACCAACUCUGCCGGCCUCACCAUCCAAUCAUGUGUCAAGUUUGCCUCCUUUAAUAGCACCGCCUGGCCAUGUUUUGGAUAAUACCAUGAAUUCUAAUGUAACAGUGGUCUCUAGGGUAAACCAUGUUUUUUCUCAGGGUGUGCAGGUAAAUCCAGGAUUCAUUCCAGGUCAAUCAACAGUUAACCACAAUCUGGGGACAAGAAAACCUACAACUCAAACUGGGCCUCUAACAAGUCAGUCUGGUACCAGUAGCAUAUCUGGACCCCAACAGCUAAUGAUUCCUCAAACAUUAGCACAGCAGAAUAGAGAGAGGCCCCUUCUUCUAGAAGAACAGCCUCUACUUCUACAGGAUCUUUUGGAUCAAGAAAGGCAAGAACAGCAGCAGCAAAGACAGAUGCAAGCCAUGAUUCGUCAGCGAUCAGAACCAUUCUUCCCUAAUAUUGAUCCUAUAAUGAAAGCCAAAAUGGUGGCCCUUAAAGGCAUAAAUAAAGUGAUGGCACAAAACAAUCUGGGCAUGCCACCAAUGGUGAUGAGCAGGUUCCCUUUUAUGGGCCAGGCGGUAACUGGAACACAGAACAGUGAAGGACAGAACCUUGGACCACAGGCCAUUCCUCAGGAUGGCAGUAUAACACAUCAGAUUUCUGGGCCUAAUCCUCCAAAUUUUGGUCCAGGCUUUGUCAAUGAUUCACAGCAUAAGCAGUAUGAAGAGUGGCUCCAGGAGACCCAACAGCUGCUUCAAAUGCAGCAGAAGUAUCUUGAAGAACAAAUUGGUGCUCACAGAAAAUCUAAGAAGGCCCUUUCGGCUGAACAACGUACUGCCAAGAAAGCUGGGCGUGAAUUUCCAGAGGAAGAUGCAGAACAACUCAAGAAUGUUACUGAACAGCAAAGCAUGGUUCAGAAACAGCUAGAACAGAUUCGUAAACAACAGAAAGAACAUGUUGAAUUGAUUGAAGAUUAUCGGAUCUAACAGCAGCUACAGCAGCAGCAAUGUGCGAUGGACCCACCUACCGUGAUGCCCAGUGUCCAGCCCCAGCCACCCCUAAUUCCAGGUGCCACUCCACCCACCAUGAGCCAACCCGCCUUUCCCAUGGUGCCACAGCAGCUUCAGCACCAGCAGCACACAACAGUUAUUUCUGGCCAUACUAGCCCUGUUAGAAUGCCCAGUUUACCUGGAUGGCAACCCAACAGUGCUCCUGCCCACCUGCCCCUCAGUCCUCCUAGAAUUCAGCCCCCAAUUGCCCAAUUACCAAUAAAAACUUGUAUACCAGCCCCAGGGACAGUCUCAAAUGCAAAUCCACAGAGUGGACCACCACCUCAGGUAGAAUUUGAUGAAAAUCCCUUUAGUGAAAGUUUUCAAGAACGGGAACGUAAGGAACGUUUAUGAGAACAGCAAGAGAGAGAACGGAUCCAACUCAUGCAGGAGGUAGAUAGACAAAGAGCUUUGCAGCAGAGGAUGGAAAUGGAGCAGCAUGGCAUGGUGGGCUCUGAGAUUAGUAGUAGGACAUCUGUGUCCCAGAUUCCCUUCUACAGUUCCGACUUACCUUGUGAUUUUAUGCAACCUCCAAGACCCCUUCAGCAGUCUCCACAACACCAACAGCAAAUGGGGCAGGUUUUACAGCAGCAGAAUAUACAACAAGGAUCAAUUAAUUCACCCUCCACCCAAACUUUCAUGCAGACUAAUGAGCGAAGGCAGGUGGGCCCUCCUUCCUUUGUUCUUGAUUCGCCGUCAAUCCCUGUUGGAAGCCCAAAUUUUUCUUCUGUUAAGCAGGGACAUGGAAAUCUUUCUGGGACCAGCUUCCAGCAGUCCCCAGUGAGGCCUUCUUUUACACCUGCUUUACCAGCAGCACCUUCAGUAUCUAAUAGCAGUCUCCCAUGUGGCCAAGAUUCUACUAUAACCCAUGGACACAGUUAUCCGGGAUCAACCCAGUCGCUCAUUCAGUUGUAUUCUGAUAUAAUCCCAGAGGAAAAAGGGAAAAAGAAAAGAACAAGAAAGAAGAAAAGAGAUGAUGAUGCAGAAUCCACCAAGGCUCCAUCAACUCCCCAUUCAGAUAUAACUGCCCCACCGACUCCCGGCAUCUCAGAAACUACCUCUACUCCUGCAGUGAGCACACCCAGUGAGCUUCCUCAACAAGCCAACCAAGAGUCGGUGGAACCAGUCGGCCCAUCCUCUCCCAAUAUGGCAGCAGGCCAGCUAUGUACAGAAUUAGAGAACAAACUGCCCAAUAGUGAUUUCUCACAAGCAACUCCAAAUCAACAGACUUAUGCAAAUUCAGAAGUAGAUAAGCUCUCCAUGGAAACCCCUGCCAAAACAGAAGAGAUAAAACUGGAAAAGGCUGAGACAGAGUCCUGCCCAGGCCAAGAGGAGCAUAAAUUGGAGGAACAGAAUGGUAGUAAGGUAGAAGGAAACGCUGUAGCCUGUCCUGUCUCCUCAGCACAGAGUCCUCCCCAUUCUGCUGGGGCCCCUGCUGCCAAAGGAGACUCAGGGAAUGAACUUCUGAAACACUUGUUGAAAAAUAAAAAGUCAUCUUCUUUGAAUCAAAAACCUGAGGGCAGUAUUUGUUCAGAAGAUGACUGUACAAAGGAUAAUAAACUAGUUGAGAAGCAGAACCCAGCUGAAGGACUGCAAACUUUGGGGGCUCAAAUGCAAGGUGGUUUUGGAUGUGGCAACCAGUUGCCAAAAACAGAUGGAGGAAGUGAAACCAAGAAACAGCAAAGCAAACGGACUCAGAUGGGUGAGAAAGCAGCACCUCGCUCAAAGAAAAGGAAAAAGGACGAAGAGGAGAACCAAGCUAUGUACUCUAGCACUGACACGUUUACCCACUUGAAACAGCUCUCUCUGCUCCCUCUAAUGGAACCAAUCAUUGGAGUGAACUUUGCGCACUAUCUUCCUUAUGGCAGUGGCCAAUUUAAUAGUGGGAAUCGACUUCUGGGAACUUUUGUCAGUGCUACCCUGGAAGGGGUUUCAGACUACUAUUCUCAGUUGAUCUACAAGCAGAAUAAUUUAAGUAAUCCUCCAACACCCCCUGCCUCUCUUCCUCCUACACCACCUCCUAUGGCUUGUCAGAAGAUGGCCAAUGGUUUUGCAACAACUGAAGAACUUGCUGGAAAAGCCGGAGUGUUAGUGAGCCAUGAAGUUACCAAAACUCUAGGACCUAAACCAUUUCAGCUGCCCUUCAGACCCCAGGAUGACUUGUUGGCUCGAGCUCUUGCUCAGGGCCCCAAGACAGUUGAUGUGCCAGCCUCCCUCCCAACACCACCUCAUAACAAUCAGGAAAAAUUAAGGAUACAGGAUCACUGUGGUGAUCGAGAUACUCCUGACAAUUUUGUUCCCUCAUCCUCUCCUGAGAGUGUGGUUGGGGUAGAAGUAAGCAGGUAUCCAGAUCUGUCAUUGGUCAAGGAGGAGCCUCCAGAACCGGUGCCAUCCCCCAUCAUUCCAAUUCUUCCUAGCACUGCUGGGAAAAGUUCAGAAUCAAGAAGGAAUGACAUCAAAACUGAGCCAGGCACUUUAUAUUUUGCGUCACCUUUUGGUCCUUCCCCAAAUGGUCCCUGAUCAGGUCUUAUAUCUGUAGCAAUUACUCUGCAUCCUACAGCUGCUGAGAACAUUAGCAGUGUUGUGGCUGCAUUUUCCGACCUUCUUCACGUCCGAAUCCCUAACAGCUAUGAGGUUAGCAGUGCUCCAGAUGUCCCAUCCACGGGUUUGGUCAGUAGCCACAGAAUCAACCCGGGUUUGGAGUAUCGACAGCAUUUACUUCUCCGUGGGCCUCCGCCAGGAUCUGCAAACCCUCCCAGAUUAGUGAGCUCUUACCGGCUGAAGCAGCCUAAUGUACCAUUUCCUCCAACAAGCAAUGGUCUUUCUGGAUAUAAGGAUUCUAGUCAUGGUAUUGCAGAAAGCGCAGCACUCAGACCACAGUGGUGUUGUCAUUGUAAAGUGGUUAUUCUUGGAAGUGGUGUGCGGAAAUCUUUCAAAGAUCUGACCCUUUUGAACAAGGAUUCCCGAGAAAGCACCAAGAGGGUAGAGAAGGACAUUGUCUUCUGUAGUAAUAACUGCUUUAUUCUUUAUUCAUCAACUGCACAAGUGAAAAACUCAGAAAACAAGGAAUCCAUUCCUUCAUUGCCACAAUCACCUAUGAGAGAAACGCCUUCCAAAGCAUUUCAUCAGUACAGCAACAACAUCUCCACUUUGGAUGUGCACUGUCUCCCCCAGCUCCCAGAGAAAGCUUCUCCCCCUGUCUCACCACCCAUCGCCUUCCCUCCUGCUUUUGAAGCAGCCCAAGUCGAGGCCAAGCCAGAUGAGCUGAAGGUGACAGUCAAGCUGAAGCCUCAGCUAAGAGCUGUCCAUGGUGGGUUUGAAGAUUGCAGGCCGCUUAAUAAAAAGUGGAGAGGAAUGAAAUGGAAGAAGUGGAGCAUUCAUAUUGUAAUCCCUAGGGGGACAUUUAAACCACCUUGUGAGGAUGAAAUAGAUGAAUUUCUAAAGAAAUUGGGCACUUCCCUUAAACCUGAUCCUGUGCCCAAAGACUAUCGGAAGUGUUGCUUUUGUCAUGAAGAAGGUGAUGGAUUGACAGAUGGACCAGCAAGGCUACUCAACCUUGACUUGGAUCUGUGGGUCCACUUGAACUGCGCUGUGUGGUCCACGGAGGUCUAUGAGACCCAGGCUGGUGCCUUAAUAAAUGUGGAGCUAGCUCUGAGGAGAGGCCUACAAAUGAAAUGUGUCUUCUGUCACAAGACAGGUGCCACUAGUGGAUGCCACAGAUAUCGAUGCACCAACAUUUAUCACUUUACUUGUGCCAUUAAAGCACAAUGCAUGUUUUUUAAGGACAAAACUAUGCUUUGCCCCAUGCACAAACCAAAGGGAAUUCAUGAGCAAGAAUUAAGUUACUUUGCAGUCUUCAGGAGGGUCUAUGUUCAGCGCGAUGAGGUGCGACAGAUUGCUAGCAUCGUGCAACGAGGAGAACAGGACCAUACCUUGCACGUGGGUAGCCUCAUCUUCCACACAAUCGGUCAGCUGCUUCCACAGCAGAUGCAAGCAUUCCAUUCUCCUAAAGCACUCUUCCCUGUGGGCUAUGAAACCAGCCGGCUGUACUGGAGCACGUGCUAUGCCAACAGGCGCUGCUGCUACCUGUGCUCCAUCGAGGAGAAGGAUGGGCGCCCAGUGUUUGUCAUCAGGAGUGAACAAGGCCAUGAAGACCUGGUUCUAAGUGACAUCUCACCUAAAGGUGUCUGGGAUAAGAUUUUGGAGCCUGUGGCAUGUGUGAGAAAAAAGUCUGAAAUGCUCUAGCUUUUCCCAGCGUAUUUAAAAGAAGAGGAUCUGUUUGGCCUGACCGUCUCUGCAGUGGCACGCAUAGCGGAAUCACUACCUGGGGUUGAGGCAUGUGAAGACUAUACCUUCCGAUAUGGCCGAAAUCCUCUCAUGGAACUUCCUCUUGCCAUUAACCCCACAGGUUGUGCCCGUUCUGAACCUAAAAUGAGUGCCCAUGUCAAGAGGUUUGUGUUAAGGCCUCACACCUUAAACAGCACCAGCACCUCAAAGUCAUUUCAGAGCACAGUCACUGGAGAACUGAACGCACCUUAUAGUAAACAGUUUGUUCACUCCAAGUCAUCGAAGUACCGGAAGAAGAAGACUGAGUGGAAAUCCAAUGUGUAUCUGGCACGGUCUCGGAUUCAGGGGCUGGGCCUGUAUGCUGCUAGAGAAAUUGAGAAGCACACCAUGGUCAUUGAGUAUAUCGGGACUAUCAUUCGAAAUGAAGUAGCAAACAGAAAAGAGAAACUUUAUGAGUCUCAGAACCGUGGUGUGUACAUGUUCCGCAUAGAUAACGACCACGUGAUUGACACGACGCUCACAGGAGGGCCUGCAAGGUAUAUCAACCAUUCGUGUGCACCUAAUUGUGUGGCUGAAGUGGUGACUUUUGAGAGAGGACACAAAAUUAUCAUCAGCUCCAAUCGGAGAAUCCAGAAAGGAGAAGAGCUCUGCUAUGACUAUAAGUUUGACUUUGAAGAUGACCAGCACAAGAUUCCGUGUCACUGUGGAGCUGUGAACUGCCGGAAGUGGAUGAACUGAAAUGCAUUCCUUGCUAGCUCAGCGGGCGGCUUGUCCCUAGGAAGAGGCAAUUCAACACACCAUUGGAAUUUUGCAGACAGAAAGAUAUUUUUGUUUUCUAUUUUAUGACUUUUUGAAAAAGCUUCUGGGAGUUCUGAUUUCCUCAGUCCUUUAGGUUAAAGAAGCGCCAGGAGGAAGCUGACAGAAGCAGCGUUCCUGAAGUGGCCGAGGUUCAACGGAAUUACAGAAUGGCCCAGCACUUUUGCUUUUUUUUCUUUUCCUUUUCUUUCUUUUUUUGUUUGUUUUUUGUUUUUUUUUCCCUUGUGGGUGGGUUUCGCUGUUUUGGUUUUUUAGUCUCACUAAGGAGAAACUUUUACUGGGGCAAAGAGCCAAUGGCUGCCUUGCCCUGGGCAGGGGCCUUCCUACGAAUGUAAGGCUGAAAUCACCAGCGAAGGGGACAGAGAGUGCUGGCCAUGGCCUUAUUAAAAAGGGACAGGCCCUCUAACUUCAAAAUGUUUUUAAAUAAAGUAGAUACCACUGAACAAGGAAUGUACUGAAAAGACUUCCUUAGGGAUAGAGCUAAGGGAUAAUAACUUGCACUAAAUACAUUUAAAUACUUGAUUCCAUGAGUCAGUUUAUUGUAGUUUUUGAUUUCUGUAAAAUAAGAGAAACUUUUGUAUUUAUUAUUGAAUAAGUGAAUGAAGCUAUUUUUAAAUAAAGUUAGAAGAAAGCCAAGCUGCUGCUGUUACCUGCAGAACUAACAAACCCUGUUACUUUGUACAGAUACGUAAAUAUUUUGAGAAAAAAUACAGUAUAAAAAUAGUUAUUGACCAAAUGCUACCAGGCUCUGCAGCAGCUCGGGUGCUUAUAAAAUGUUCAUAGGGAUGUUACAAUAUAAUUUUGUGUUAUAAAAUAUGCCAUUAUAAUUAUGUAAUAACCAAAAUUUCAACAUAGAGUGUUUGGGGUUUUUUGAAAACUGCAGUCUAUUAGUACUUAAUGGUUUUAUACACCUUACUUCUGACAGAGCGGGGCGUAUGCUACGACUACAACUUUUAUAGCUGUUUUGGUAAUUUAAACUAAUUUUUUCAUAUUAUAUUGUUGCAUCCCUACUUCUUCAGUCAGGUUUUUUUGUGCUUACAAUUUGUGAUAACUGUGAAUAACUGCUUAAAAAUACACCCAAAUGGAGGCUGAAUUUUUUCUUCAGCAAAAGUAGUUUUGAUUAGAACUUUGUUUCAGCCACAGAGAAUCAUGUAAACAUAAUAGGAUCAUGUAGCAGAAACUUAAGUCUAACCCUUUAGCCUUCUAUUUAACACAAAAAUUUGAAAAAGUUAAAAAAAAAAAAAGGAGAUGUGAUUAUGCUUACAGCUGCAGGACUCUGGCAAUAGGGUUUUUGGAAGAUGUAAUUUUAUUUAUUUAUUUAUUUAUUUUUUUUCUUUUAUUAUUAUUGUUAUUAUUAUUAUACUUUAGGUUUUAUGGUACAUGUGCGCAAUGUGCAGGUAAGUUACAUAUGUAUACAUGUGCCAUGCUGGUGCGCUGCACCCACCAACUCGUCAUCUAGCAUUAGGUAUAUCUCCCAAUGCU